GGGUUGUGUUUGUUUGUGAGAGGAAGAGGCUGGUUGGAUGUUGGGCGGGGUCUGAGGAGAAAGAGAGAGACAGAGGGUGAGAGAGAGACAGAGAGAGAGAGCUGCAGAUCCCGCUGCUGCUGCUGCUGCACGACAAAAGGAGAAGAAGAAGGAGGAGGACACAGAGACAGAAGGAAAACACACGGACACAGAGACGCAGACAGAGAGACAGGCGAAGCAGAGCGAAGGACAGACGGACGGACAGCCGGGAGGAUGGGCCGGCGGAGUGGCCGUCGGUAGCGCUCUGUUUUCGGGGACGGAGCUCCAGGAUGAGCGUAGCGCUGCAGGACCUCCGGAACACCGUAAGUACACAUACACUCACAUGCAAACAUACACGCGUUUACGCGCACAUCCCCCCAUCAUUCACGCGCAUAGACGCGUGACACGCAGCCCACGCGCUUAGAGUGUCCCGGGUCGUUGUGUCAUCAGCUGUCAAUCACUGUGGCUACAGGUGUGUGUGUGUGUGUGUGUGUGUGUGUGUGUGUGUGUGUGUGUGUGUGUGUGUGUGUGUGUGUGUGUGGAGGAGGGGGGGCGCCUCCUGCUGACGUCACUGACCUCUCAGGUUGAUUGAUCAGCUGGGUCCCGUGCUCAGGCAUCAGAAAUUCUCAGGUACUGAUCAAGUAGGUUCUUGAUUUUUGAAAGAGCACACCCUUAACGAACAUUUUGUUUCAAGUAUUGCUUCAAGUACUUUUCAAGUAUUCAUUGAUACAGCAAGUACUCAGAGCCGGAGCAGUCGACUUUUGAAAAACUCCAACAAUUGCUCUUUUUUGUUGUUGUUGUUUUUUUUGGCUUGUCCCGUUGACUUCUUCACAAAAGUUUUCCAUAGUUUUUUGCAAAUCACUUUGGCGAGAAAUUCAUAUACAAUAGAGAAAAGAAAUGGCACAUUGAUCCUGAUCUAACUGCACAUUUUGAUAUAUAAUUGGUUCCAUAACUCUUCAAGUCCCUCUACAGUAGUGCCUCAGGCCUGAUGUAUAGUUGAUAGCGUCUCUAUUGUUUAGGGGCCAGUGCCCAGCUGAAUUUGCCUCGUGAUCCUAUUAAGGAUUUUGCGAGUUAUAAACCUGAGUCCCUUCUGCAAAUCUCAGAGAAUCUUUGUGUUUGCGUCAAUGAGAAGAGAGAGACAUUACUGCAUUUAGAGGCUAAGUGUUUAAAUUGUGGAAGUCCCUCUGCUUAGAUAACCACAUUGCUAAGGACAAAACAAGUUUGUCUACAACUGUGGAAAAAAUUUGUAGCCAGGUGAAGCGUGGAGUUCCAUGCAACUUCUCUUACUAUACUCUUAAGAUAAAAUCAGAGUUGAACCACAAGUUUUGGUCUUUUUGAAAUUGGACAUAAGAAACAUGAAGGUCGUUUUUUUUUAAGCUUUUACACAACAUUUUUUUCUUUUUAUUGUCUUUUAUCAGGAUAAUUCUCUGUGACUGUCAAUUUACAGAAAAUGCUCAAAUGUCUUUAGUCAGGAGUUUAUCGUGACACUCUCAGUAGUUUUGCUUUUGAGUCCUCAAAGCAAAAAGCAAACCAAGUCAGUUGAAAAAUUAAGCUUCUCUGCAGCUCUGUGUUGAUGCAUUUUAACGCUGAGCCAGUGAGACUGUUCCAAGAAAGAGAAUAUUAGAGAAAUCCAGCAGUCAGGCUUUGCAUUGAAGUGCUCCCUUGCUUACGCCCUCAUCAGUGAAGCGACAAUGGCCUUCAAGGACAAGAAGCUCCAGUGAUGCACCUAUUUCUUCUACCUCAUCCUCAUGCAGUCACUCCAAAAAUACAAAAACACCAAGGUUACUAGUUAAUCAGUUAGAUGUGGCGGUGCAAAAUGGCGGCCUCCAUAGAAGAACACCUUCUUGUCAGUGUGAGAGUCCGUCUGCUCCUAUUUCAAAAUCCUCAAACUUUAUAUUUAAAUCAAAGUCAACAAAAACAGAUGCAGAAUAGUCUAUGUGUGAAAGAGUGGACACAAAAAGGAAAAGAAGGAAAAAAGAUGUUGGGAAAGAUGUUCAGGUCUUUUCUGCUCUGUUCUGUACCGUGAUGUCUUUGCUGCUGCUCCACCUUCCUUGGCUUGAGAAAAAUGUGAUUUUAUGGAAGCGUGAAUCACUGGCUGAGCCAUUACCUUAUCUGUGAUUUCGUGGUUAACUGCACAGCCUUCUCUUUGACUGUCAUCAGAGUUGUACAGCCCUUGGCUCCACUUUUCAAUGUUAAAGAGCAAGUGUGGGGUUGGCUGUGGAGCUAGAGGACUAAACCAUCUAGAUGAGGGAAGGCAAACAUUUUAAGCUAAUGCUUGAAUCUGUGUCAGUUAAUGAUAACUCAGAAUGUUCUUUUUUGUGUUUUAAUAAGCUGAUGCUUUGCUGCUGCCAUUGCUCUGUGUUUUUCCUGUUAAGCGAUUACACUGCAGGAUUGAACCAUGUAGUGCAGACUAAAGGGGGGGGGUCUGAGAUGUUGUUCAUCCAGGAUGAAGGAAUUCUUCUGAAAGUAUUUCUGCUCCCACAAAUUUAAGAAAAAAUUAAUAAUCAUUCAGUUAAAAAAAUCCCAACUGUGAUAUCUGGACAUUAUAAAGGGUGCUGUAAUUGUGGGCCUGCACACACACACACACACACACACACACACACACCUGUAGCCAUAGUGAUCGAAGACUGCAGGAAUGUGGACCAGUCUGCUAAUGUCCCUGAACUCACCAAACCAGACCAUCUUCUCCCUGAUGAUGUUUUACUUCACACGUCUCCAGCUUCCUUAUAUCUCUGAGGGAAAUGCUGCUCCAUUCAGCCCCAAACAAACAUCAGUUCAUAGACAAUUUCUGCUCGCGGGCAUGUCGUUAUGAUCAGCUGACCUAUGGUGUUCUCACUCACACAAUGGACACAAUGGAGAUGUCAUCUACUUCAUGGAAUCAGAGUGCCGUCAGAGUUUUACAGAGAAUAAACAUUACAGGAAAAUUAUUAAGGGCUCCAGUAUUUUUUGACCUGUGCUUAUGUUUACACAUCCUGGCAUCCAAUGAACAGAUGGAUAUGAAUGGUUUUGGCUUUUCUUUUGACCUUAGGAAGUAACACUUGCAGCAAAACAGCAGUCCAUAAGUCUGCUAGAUUAAACUCAUAGAGUGACUUACCUUGCCUUCGUUUCUCUUAAAUCUGGUCUGCUGAUCAAAUGGGACCCCGCAGGAGGUCGGGGCAGCAGGGAGUUUGUGAGGACUAAACUCUGAUUAUUUUCUAACUAAAAGUCAAAGGUUUACAAAAAGACUAUCAGUGUCUGUUUCCUGGAGGUUUUAAUAUUUCACAGAUUUACACCAGUGUAUUAAAGUACAAACUGAAACAUCUAAUGACAGAGGGACAGAUUUUUGUUCUUUGAAUACAAACUUCAAAACUUUUUUUCUGCAUCAGCAGUCACAAACUGAUCCUGCAGAAACUGAAGAUCAUCAAUAAAUCAUUGAGAAGCAUCAAAUCUCAGCCACUUAAAACUGGCAAAGUGUGUGUGUGUGUGUGUGUGUGUGUGUGUGUGUGUGUGUGUGUGUGUGUGUGUGUGUGCGUGCGUGUGUCUGUGUGUGCGUGUGGGUGUGUGUGUUUGUGUUUGUGUGUGUGUGUGUCUGUGUGGGUGUGUGUGUGUGAGUAGGCUGGGCAGAGUAGCUGUUUCCUGUCUGCAGUGCUGUGACUUCCUGUCUUAAGACGCCCAGUUCCCAUCAGAGUAACAACACAGACCACAAAUCCCCUCAAACCUCCAACCAACAGCAACACCACCACCAUGCUAAUUGUGACUGGCCUUCAACACCAACAUCGUCAUUACCUUGAUGACAAACAUUCAUAUUAUUGUCAAUCAUCAAAAUCAACAUCAUCAAUAUCAUCCUUAUAGUCAUCAUCAUUAUUAAUAUUAUCAUUAUCACCAUCAUCAUGAUAAUAAUCAUUGAUAAACUCAUCAUCAGUAUCAUAAUCCUCAUUAUCAGCAGCAACAUUUUCAAUGCCUUGAUCAUAUAUUUGUCACUUCAUCAUUAUCAUAAUUAUAUUGAUCAUCAUUAUUACUACAAUUCUUAGUAUCAUCAUCAACUUCUUCCUUUUUGAAAUUGUCAUCAACUGUGUUAAUUAUAACCUUUUUAAUUGUAUUUUUAUCAACUUUUUUUUGUUAUCUUUAUCAUCAUAAUCAUCAAUAUCAUCAGCAGCUGCAUUAUUAUUAUUACUAUCAUUGAUAUUAUGAUUAUUAUUACUGUCAAUACUAUCAUUACUAUCAUUGAUCAUUGUUAUUGGUGUUAUUGUUAUUAUUAUUAUCAUUAUCAUUAGCAGCAGUAGUUAUAGUUGUAGUCGUUGUUGUAACAGUAACGUGCAAACGUCCAUAACUUAAAAGCUUACUUUUUUAUAUAAGUACUUAUAUUAUCUAAAGUUUUUAGGAUAUCUUCAUUAAAGCUGUACGUAUACACAGCUCUGGAAAAAAUUAAGAGACCAAAACAAAAUAAUCCGGUUUUCAGAUUUUGCUAUUUAUAGGCAUGUGUUGGAGUAGAAUAAAUAUUUUUGUUUUGUCCUAAAACAUUUCACAACAUAACUCCCAAAUUUCAAAUAAAAAUAUUGUCAUUUAGAACAUUUAUUUGCAAAAAAUGAAAAAUGGUCAAAAUACCAAGAAGGGACCAGUGUUUUCAGACCUCAAAUAAUGCAAAAAAGAGAAAUCAUAUUCAUUUUGAAGCAACACAUUACUAAUGUUUUAACCAAGUAGGUGUUCAGAAAUCAAUAUUUGGGGGAAUAACCCUGAUUUAAAUCACAGCUGGACUGUGAGCAUGCGGUGUGCAUGCGCCGUCACGAGUGGCAGCAGCUCCGUCUUUUUCGCUCUUGUUUGUUUUUGUUGUAUUUUGUUUGGUUAUUGUACUUCCAUCCAUCUACACUGGACAUGGAUAGCAGCCGUGGAUUUUUCUACACAAGAAAUCAGCUGCUUUCCCUCAGGAAUAAGUCCAGCUUUGGAUCUGUUCCCCACCUACCUAUGGAGUUAAGGCAACCCUAGCGGGGCUGCAGAGCCCGUGCUAAGCAAAAGGCUAAAGGGCUAGCGAACCACCGGCGUUACAAGCCAUCUGUCCCUUCUGAUGUCAUGGGGAGCAUGAACUCCCUGGCAAACAAAAUUGACGAGCUGGCAGUGCUGGUGAAGAAUGUUCAGACCUACAGGGAGUGCAGCUUGCUCUGUCUCACCGAGACGUUUCUAACCGUGAGCACCCCGGAUACCAAUGUGGACCUACCCGGCUUCACAAGGGUCAGAGCGGACAGAGACACAAAAGCAACCAACAAGCACAAGGGUGGAGGACUCGCCGUCUAUAUCAACAAGAAGUGGUGCAACCCCAGACAUAUUACAGUUAAGUUCUGCAGCAGGGACAUUGAGCUCCUAGCCGGGAGUCUGCAUCCUUAUUAUAUGCCCCGGGAGUUCUGCAUGCCAUUUUUGCGAGACAUCCCCCCACGUGCCCUCGCGGAGACAGCAUGUCAAUCAAUCAAUCAACUUUAUUUCUGUAGCACAUUUGAAAGAACCACGUGGGUAGCCAAAGUGCUGUACAUUGACACAUAAAAACAAAUAAAACAAUCAAAGAACAAGAUAAAGCGAGCAAAAAUACAUCAAUGCAAUAAAUAAAUAAAUAUAUAAAUAAGCAGGCUCACAGCAAGUGCUAAGAUGUCAUCCGCUGGGCUGUAGGGAGACUACAGACGCAACACCCGGAAGCCUUUGUUCUGAUCUCUGGGAAUUUCAACCAUGUCACCCUGGACAAAACACUGCCUGAUUUUACCCAGUUUGUGGGCUGCUCUACCAGGGGAAACAGGACCAUUGACCUCAUGUAUGCCAACUUGAAGGAUGCAUUCAGUGCCUCCCCACUUCCUCCACUGGGAAAUCAGAGCACAACCUCAUCUUGCUCCAGCCUCAAGUAAUGAUGCUACCCUCUACCACCCGUUCCUUCAGGAAUUGGUCUCCUGAGGCAGAACAGACUCUGCAGGACUGCUUUGAUUGCACGGACUGGAGAGUGCUGCAGGAGUCAGCUCACACUGAGGAUGUUGAGGACAUAGUGGACUGCACUGCUGACUAUAUCAACUUCUGCAUGGAUAUUGUGGGGGAGGGGUAGAGUCUGUUAUUGCACACUCUGACUGUACGCUGCUUUCCAAACAACAAGCCCUGGAUCACCAGCGACAUCAAGACUCUUCUUAACCAAAAGAGGAGGGUUUUCCAGAGAUGGUCACCCCCCCCCCCCCCCAGUUCGCAUAUCAGGAGAAGGUUGGGUUGGACGACGCCAUUGUCUACCUUCUGCCCCAGUCUCUCUCCCACCUGGACAGGGGCUUACGGACUAUCUGACUGAUAGACCCCAGUAUGUCCGGCUGGAGGGCUGCAUGUCAGAGACUGUGAUCAGCAGCACCAGAGCUCCGCAGGGGACUGUGCUCUCUUUUUCUGUUCACUCUGUACACAUCGGACUUCAAGUACAACUCAGAGCUGUGCCACAUGCAGAAGUUCUCAGAUGACCAGCUUUGUGAGGUGCUACUGCACAUCUUCAGCUUGAGCCUGAGUCUGGAGAGGGUCCCAGCACUGUGGAAGACUUCCUGUGUGAUUCCUGUCCCCAAGACAGCACACCCCAGGGAGCCCAACCACUUCAGACCUGUGGCCCUCAGUUGUCACCUGAUGAAGACUCUGGAGAGGAUCGUGCUGAGGAACCUCCGCCCCCUGGUAAGCUCUCAUCUGGAUCCUCUGCAGUUUGCGUACCAGCAGAACAUCGGGGUGGACGACGCAGUUAUCUACCUGCUGCAGAGGUCCAUGGCCCACUUGGAGAACACCGGCAGCACUGUGAGCGUCAUGUUUUUUGACUUCUCCAGUGCUUUCAACACCAUCCAGCCUUCACUGCUCAGGGGGAAGCUCGAGAGGGCGGGAGUGGACUGUAACCUAGCCGCAUGGACCGUGGACUACCUCACCGACAGACCACAGUUUGUGAGGCUUCAGAACUGUGUAUUGGACAUGGUGGUCUGCAGCACGGGGGCUCCACAGGGGACAGUGCUCUCCCCCUUCCCCUUCACCCUGUACACCUCAGACUUCAGCUACAACUCUGGGAGCUGUCACCUCCAGAAGUUCUCUGAUAAUAAAGCCAUCGUCGGAUGUGUAUCGUCAGGGGAUGAGUGGGAAUACAGGACUGUCAUCACUGACUUUGUCAACUGGUGUGCCACAAACCACCUCCAGCUCAACGCCAGUAAGACAAAGGAGAUGGCUGUGGAUUUCCGCAGGAGGAGGACACCUCAGACUGUUCCAGUGAACAUCCAGGGUCUGGACAUCGAGAUGGUGGAGUCCUACAGAUUCCUGGGUGUCCACCUCAACAAUAAACUGGACUGGUCAACCAACACAGACGUACUAUACAAGAAGGACCAAAGUCGUCUCCACCUGCUGAGGAGACUGAGGUCCUUUGGAGUGUGCAGGACUCUGCUCAGGACUUUCUAUGACUCUGUGGUAGCAUCUGCACUUUUCUAUGCAGUGGUCUGCUGGGGGGCAGGGAGCACCGAGAGGGACAGGAAGAGACUGAAUAGACUGGUCAGGAGGGCCAGUUCUGUCCUGGACUGUUCUUUGGACUCCCUGGAGGAGGUGGGUGAGAGGAGGAUGUUAACAAAGCUUAUAUCCAUCAUGGACAAUCCCUCUCACCCACUGCACCAGACUGUGGGGGCUUUAAGCAGCUCCUUCAGCAGCAGACUUAGACUUCCACCUUGCAAGACGGAGCACUACCACAGGUCAUUCCUCCCUUCUGCAAUAAGACUUUACAACGAACUGUAAUAAUAACUGGACACACACCACCACUUUUUGUGUGUGUGUAAAUUGUGUAUAUUGUAUAUAGUUUUAUUUUUCUUCUCCCUUUUUCCUUUUUCUACAUUUUUUCUUAAUUAUUACAUUUAUUUAAGUUCUUAAUAUUAGGAUCUUUAUUUUUAUAACUGCAUUUUUGCACUCUUUGUCUGUGAUGCUGUGACAAAAAAUUUCCCCCAUGGGAGAUCAAUAAAUGAAUAUUCUAUUCUAUUCUAUUCUAUGACACUGCGAUCAUGGCAUGUAUUAGGGAUGGUCAGGAGGAAAAGUACAGGAACCUCAUCAAUGGCUUUGUCACCUGGUGUCAGUCCAACUACCUGCACAUCAACGCCUCCAAAACCAAGGAAAUGGUCAUUGACUUCAGGAGGCCCAGGCCCCUCCACCAGCCUGUGACCAUCGAUGGUGUCCAGGUGGAGUUUACCACGGCCUACAAAUACCUGGGACUGCAUUUAGAUGAGAGGCUGGACUGGUCACCAAACUCAGAUGUCCUGUACAGGAAGGGGCAGAGCCAACUGUAUUUCCUGAGGAAGCUCCGUUCCUUCAACAUCUGCAACAAACUGCUACAAAUGUUCUAUCAGACAGUUGUAGCCAGUGCCCUCUUCUAUGCUGUGGUGUGCUGGGGAGGAAGCAUAAAGAAGAGGGAUUCCUCGUGGCUGGAAAGACUGACAAGGAGGGCCAUAGUUGGUGCAGAACUGGACUCCCUAAUAUCUGUGGCAGAGCAAAGAACUUUUGCCAGGUUCCCUUCCAUCCAGGACAAACCCCAUCACCCUUUCCACAGCACCAUCUCCAGGCAGAGCAGCUCCUUCAGUGACAGGCUGUUAUCAGUGUCAUCCCGCACUGACAGAUUGAGGAGGUCAUUUGUCCCCCAGGCCAUUAAGCUCUUCAACUGCUCCCUCUGAGGAGCUCUGUCUAAACUGAACUGCCCCCCCACCCCCCCAUACAGUAUAUCCCAUCCAUGAUCAAUCAAUCAGCAUCUAUAGACUGUUUUUCUUUAUUCCUUAUUUAGUGUAAAUAUUGUUACAGUACUUGUAUUUGUAGAAUCUGUACUGUUUCUAUCUAUCUAUCUAUCUAUCUAUCUAUCUAUGCAUCUUGACAUGCUCUCCACCAUUCUUUCACAUUGCUCUUGGGUUAUUUCAUGCCAUUCCUGGUGCAAGAAUUCAAGCAGUUCAGCUUUUUUUGAUGGCUUGUUACAAUCCACCCUUUUUCUUGAUCACAAACCAGAGAUUUUCAAUGGGGUUCAGGUCUGGAAAUAGGGCUGUCUAUGACAAGAGCUUAAUCUAGUGGUCCUUCAUCCACACCUUGAUUGACCUGGCUGUGUGGAAUGCAGUAUUGCCUGCUGGAAAAAACAACCCUCAGAGUUGGGGAACAUUUUUAGAGCAGAAGGCAGCCAGUUUUUCUCCAGGAUAACCUGUCAUGGGGCUUGAUUCAUGCGUCCUUUGCAGAGACGAAUCAAGCCACUUCAGCCUUGCCGAAGAAUCCCCAGAUCAUCAUUGAUCCUCCACCAAAUUUCACUGUGGAUGCUUGACAUUGUGGCUUGUAAGGCUCUACGUGUCUCUAUCUAACCACAGGACAACCAGGUGUUGGACAAAGCUGGAAAUUCAAGGAAUGAAGCACCUGGAGCUCACUGUAUUCCUCUGCCAGUAAAGCCAGCAUUGAACCCUUCUUUUCCUGACAUAAAACUUUUCAUUUCUCUUGGCAUCGUCAAUAGUUAUUUUUUUGUUCCAGUUACUUUUGAUGUUCUACAAGCACUAUUUUUGCCAUCCAGCUGGUCCUAUUGCAACAGGAUAAUAAUCAUGAUAAUAAUAAUAAUGCUUCAGAUUUCAUAUAGCGCUUUAUCAGAGACCCUCAAAGCGCUUUACAUUGGAUACAUCAUUCAUUCGCUCACACAGUCACACUUUGGUGGUGGUAAACUACCUUAGUAGUCACAGCUGCCUUGUGGCAGACUGACAGAAACAUGGCUGCCAUUUUGCGCCUACGGCCUCUCCGACCACCACCACACAACACUCACAAUCAUACACCAGUGGAGGACACACACUUGGAGCAAGGUGGGUUAAGUGUCUUGCUCAAGGACACAAUGGACAGACUCGGGAUAGGGGGGAAUCGAACCGCCAACCUUCUUGGGUUGAAAUUCAAGAGACACUGAUAUGAAAUGACUGUUAAUAAAUGAAGAGAAGCUGAUUUCUGAAAAAUUGACAGUGGUCUCUUUUUACCAGAGCUGUAUAUUGUAUAUUUGAUCCUUCUUUUUUUUUUCUCUGUGUAUGAUGUUACUGGAAAUUUCAAUUUCCUUAAGGGGACCUUUCCAAAAGGAUAAAUAUAGUUGUAUCUAAUCUAAUCUUAUUAUCAUGAUCAUCAUUAUUAUCAUUAUGAUCAUUAUUGUUAUUAUUAUCAUUGUUAUUAUUAUAAAUAUUAUUUUCAUUAUCGCCAUUAUUAUCCUUGUUAUCAUGAGUAUCACUAUUUGCAUCAUUAUCAUUGUUAUCAUUAUUAUUUUAUAGUGGUUUUGUCUUAUCUUCCCCUUCACGUCAAUCAUGACCCUCUCUAUCAACCUGAAUCUUCAAACCUUUGACUGAAUGUGGACCUCUGAAGGUGGCCAAUUAAAUGUGUGUGUGUGUGUGUGUGUGUGUGUGUGCGAUUGCUUUGAGGAUAAGUGGGAGGUGUCUUGUCUGUGUCCUCUAUUGUGUUGUUGAGGUGCUGUUUAUGUAAGCGGUCAAAGGUCACGGCUGUAAGUGAUGACAACCCUCCUGUUGCCCUGGUGAUAAGACAGUUAACGACCUGCAGGUGCUGAGGUCAUUGAACAGAUGAGAGAGGAGCUUAGAGUUCAAUCAGCAGGUUGGAUGAAAUGGAAAGGCUAUAAUCAGGCGGUGCUUGGCCGCCAUCUUUUUGGUUCUGUUUUGUGAUUAGACGGGAAUCAGUGGCCAAUGUCCCCUUAAAGAUAAAUUCUUAUGUCUAUAUGGUUGUCCUCUGAAGGCUGUUGCUCAGAGGUAAAGUCAGUUGUGGUGGUUCGAUCCUCCAUUACCAAAUGCUUAAGGACACUUGCGCAGGACACUGAGGGAAAUUGCUAACGGUGGUUAGGCUGGUAGUAAAUGAGAGAAGUCCAUUAUGGGCUUUUAACAUAGUUGUCAUUAUCACUAGGUUUUAAGGAUGUUAAAAGAAUAGAUUUACUGCGUUAGUACAGCUGAAAAUGACUAAAUUUCCUAUAGUUGGACUGGCACACUGAAAAUCCUUUAAUAAAUACCAUGGCUCAGUCUACAUCCUGAACUACUUCACAGUCCAUCUCUGUGCUGUUUGCUCUAGUUUUCCAUUUAGCAGCAAAGUAUAGCAAAUACGGAACGCGCUCUACACGGAUCCAGUAUGUUUUCGGCUUAAGUUCCUCACUUUGCGCUAAAUAAUGAACAAUGAUGAUUCUCUGUGAUGGAGACAAUUUAAAAUAAAGGUCAGCCCCUGAUAAAAGUCUGCUUGAUAUAAAGACUUGGUUACGGAGUCUGUAAAAAAACAAUAACAGAGCUGGCCUGACCUGGUGCCUGUAAAGUAAGACGCGGACUGUUGUCUAGUCACACUGCCUAAUCAAGCUAAAACCAUAGCCCCACUUUGAUGUACAUGCAAACAUAAUGACUGUGAGACUGUGCUGUGAAGAGGUGAAGGUGAGAAGCAGUGCAGGUGUGUUCUGAGAGGUUGAGGAUGGGAGAGAGUGCUAUACAAUCUCAAAAUUUACUGUUCAUCCAGUGUUAAAGCCGUAACAGCCUUGAAUAAUAAACUGAUCCCUGAUGAUCUUGUUUGCUUUUACAGGUCAUAUGGAGACAUAGGUGUUAAUGUCAGUCUGGUUUAUGAACAGUUUAAGUCCUCACAAAAGUUGAGUAACCAUCAUGAGGUGCUGUGAAAGAGUUUUUCAUCUACCAGACUUCAUAAAUCCUGAGGUGUUGUUCUUCCCUGCUCUCAGACUGAUCCUCACACCUUAAGACCUUCUCUCAGUGAUUUUUGUUUACUUCUUGUUGUAGCCCACUGUUUGAUGUGAGCUGACUCAAUGUUUUCUGCACACGCUCAGUGACGCAGCAAACACAGACUGCCAGCCUGUGAGGAGGAUGGCCAACUUCCAGCCUCCCUCUUACUCUGAUUGGCUUAUAAUGGGACCUGUUUGUUGUUGAUAGUUUUCUCCUUCAACCUGGUGAGAGAAAAGAGGUUUGUGGAGGGGACAUGCAUAAAAUAGAAAAGAUGGACUUGAAGUUGUAAUGAGCUUCAUGCAGCAGGUUUACUGUAUUUCAGGGCAGAAUUUCUCUAAAGUUACGUAAGACUUUUUCAGGUUUUGUCAUGUUUGUUUUCCUUCCGAAAUGUUUUUUUCAAAUUUUUAUUUUAUGUGUUGAAACAUUAAAUGUGUUUUUUGUUGAGCAGUUACAGUUAAAGAAAGGUUGUGUAAGCUGUUUUGUUAGAGCUCCAUACAGCUCAGGUGACAGAUGUAAGCAGUAAGCUCAGUGAAGGUGAAGUUGAAUGAAGGCCAUUACGCACUUGACUGGAGUGAUGUGUAACCAGCACAGGGAUGUGGAUGUGCGAAGGAAAACAUAAGCCCAGUGGUGCUAGCUCUGCUAAUGGUAGCCACUGUCGGAAAACAGUCUGACAUCAAGAUUAGCUGCGUUAGACCAAUUAAAGUUCAGUUUUACAUUUUACAUCCAAACAGUUGUGAAAUAAGUGAAUCUGAAGCUGCUCUGUUCAGUUUCUUUAUACAGACUGUACUUCCUGUUUGUAAGCAUCAUCUGACUACUGUGUACUGGAUCUGUUUUACAUUCUCUCUUUGUAAAAUUUUCCAGAUCAUGCUUAUCAGCGUAACCAGCCCAGUUUACACUUCAGUGACUAUGUUUCAUAAAAGCACAGAUCAAUGGAGAUCUAGUGGAAAAUACUGUGGCUGACAAGGACAAUCUGCAACAGCAAGGACAGUCUCCAAUGAAACAUGCUGCAAAUACCAGAGAAGUUCAACACAAGUGCUCCAGGUCUGUGGGUGGCGUUGAGUGAGAGUGGCACUGCUUCAGUGCUUUAUUGACAGUGAAGAAGAGAUCUCGUUGAACUUGUUUGGACAGGAGACUCAAAGACAGAUUUAGAGACCAGUUGUGGUGAAGAAAGCUGGGCUGUCAGGAGUGAGACCUGAGUGGGUUUUUGUAUGGCCACUUCAGGAUGCCUGGAGCUAAUGCUUAAGGCUAACAGCUAGUGGAGCUUCAAAGCUAACACGCCACAUACUGCGCAUUGUCAGCUAACCUCACUGCAGUUGUGCUUGUGAGCGGUUAUUUAGCAGAUUUACUCAGUAAGAAACUACAGAGUUAAAACACCAUACACAGACUUUUUAUAUAAUCAGUAACUGAUUCAAACCAUCAGCAUGUUAUAAAGUGACUUAAAUGGCAGAAACCAUGUUUGAGAAACAUUUAUUGGACAUGUGGUUUCUGGCAGGAUCCUUCAGCCAAAUCCCUCCGACACACUGAUAAGAACGAAGAUGACUCCAACUGGUUUGAAACCAACAGCAACAUUCAGGAAAUAACAAACCAAAUUAAAACUUUUGUCAAAUCUUAGGAUAAAAGUUCCACUCUGUUUCCAGUCCUUGUGCCAAACUAGGCAAGCUGGGAGGAAACAGAGAUGAUUCAGUGUUUGUGUUUUCUCCUUCAGACUGACUCUGGGAUACAGAGGGGACAAAAGAGAGGAUUUCACAACAGAGACACAAACAAACAGACAGACAGACAAAGACACAGACAGACAGGACAGAUGUUACAUAAGCUGCAAUGAAGUCCAUUAGAGCUGAAAGGAGAUGAUUCACACAUAUUAUCUAUUUACACACACACACACACACACACACAAAGUGACAUCACUCUCUAGAGAGAUAUAACACACUCACUCUCCCGUCUCCUAGCAACCUUGCUCGCCCACUCCCCCCUCUCUCCCCCUCUUCGUGCGUCAUCAAUUAAAGAGCAGCAAGCGGGCGGACAAGCGGGUUACAGAGAGGGUCCUCAGGAAGGAAACAGUUGGAGACCUUCAGGUUCCUGCAGCAGCAGCAGGACAGUGAGACACUGCAGGGACAGACAGGAAUUGGUCUCACCUCCAAGACCAGGACCAGGACCAGGACUGACAGACUAAGACCAGAAGCUUUAGACCAUGAUUUAAAUCUAAAACAGAGCUUAGAUAUUUCUGUUUUGUGUGUGUGUGUAUUUGAAUGAAAAAUGACUAGUAGAAAUCUGCCACUAAAAGCUGCUAUAAAACUCACUUACCUCUAACCCAGUUAACUCCAGCCUCCAUGAUUAGGUUAGACUCUUUUCUAGAAAGGCUCUGGAAAUUUCCAAAGUAUUGGUGAGGAUAAAAUCAGAGUAUAGAAACACAAGGACAGUGAUGUAAUCCCUGAACAUGUGUUCUAGCUGUCUGAACAGCUCAUUUUAAGACAUGGCCACAACCUGCUGUGCUGUCCUCUAAAGCCUUUUUCACUGCUCAGCUUGUCUUUUAAUUUUGGCUUUGUCUCUAAAAGUUUUUCUUUUGGUCCUAAAGGAAAGUCUCAGCUGUGUUCUCUCCAAAGACUAAAGGCUCCAGAAAACAGCAGGAACUUUGGAUAGUUGGAUAGUUCCUAUAUCCCUGGGGGACAAACUGUCGUAGUAUGCUGACAACAUCGCAACUGCAAGAUAUCUAAAGAUAACCAUGACAACUGCAGUUAUGUUACACGCCUUUGCUGUGUUGAUUAACGAAUAAUCCCUCUAUUGUUUUUCUCCAGUGUCGUCUCACGAUUCGCAAGUCUGACUUGCUAGAAGUGGCAACAAGUCUUAAUUUUUGGUGGUUUUCUAUUGUUCGUUGCUCAUUUUGCAAUCCUUGUUGUUGUUACAAGCAGGGCCAGCGAUUCACUCCAUGUGCAGAGGUGUGGUCUCCUUGUCUCUGAUUUUGAUUGGCGAAUAGUAGGGUAGUCUGUACUCAACUGAGCAAAGAACAAAUGUGAUUGGGUGGAUCGCUGCACAGCCCACGCAGAGUCGACAUACAGAGUAUGUCAGUCAGCUACCCUUGAAAUUAGGUUAAAGUUCAUUUGCCUCCCGCAUCGCAGGCUCUGCAACGUGACUAUCAUGCACACAUACAUCGCGAUGACGAUGCUCAAACGAUACAUCGUGCAGCCCUAGCAAAAAGUAACACCCCAAGCUGUGUCCAACUUUCUUGGAGUGUUAAAGCAGCAAAAACUCAGGUAUCUGUAGAACUCAGAGGCCACUAUGGGAUAAAUUAGGAGUUUUUAAAGCUGUAGAUCAUGCUUAACUACUUUACAGGUGAUCCGGACGGACAGAUUGAAAGGUGAUAUUUGGUUAAAAUAGGUCCCCUUUAAACAGUAUUAAAAAGAAAUGCUUUAGUGUUGCUUUUCUCCGUCUUCCUCUAACUGAAAGCUCCCUCUCUGCAUGGAUCUUUUAUAAAAUGUUGUAAGACUCUUAGAAUUACAAUCUGAGCCUGUUAGGGACAAAAACAAGAACUUUUCAUGGACAUACUCUGAUCCAGCAGAGAUUAUACAGCUUGUUCCUUUGCUGCACCCUGAAGACAUUUUAUUAAGAUAUUUGAGAAAACUGUAUGGAGGGACAUGAAGAAUACAGACUAAGUGUCAGCAUACUUUUGUCUAUUUUAUAGCUAAAACACAGAGUGAAGCUGAGUCUCAGACCAUAAAAAACACUCAGGGUGUGUUGGUGUUAUAGCUGUGAUGCUACCAUGCUAACACUGUUUCCACAGUAACCAAAGGCACUCUCUGAGGCAGUGUUUUGUGCUGAGUGAAUGUGAGCUGUGCGGCUGUAUGAAAUGUGUCCCUGGCUGAUUCAGGAUCAGUGUGGGUGGAGUGCUGUACUGUUUAUAUUCCUGAUGCACAAUGACGGAGAUGGGGGUUUAAACAGAGGAAGUGAAAGUUUAUUUGAUCACAGCUAAAUAUGUCCUCAUGCUGAGCCCCGGCCUCAUCUACUUUUCAUCAUUUCAGGGCUUCCUGAUAAAAGCUCAGGUUUUUGAAGCUGUUGAUAUCAAGCUGCUGACAUGACUUGGAAAUAUUCUCUUCGUUUGACUUUCCUGAUCUAUUAACACUCCUGAAACAAGCUCCCCCGUAGGGUACUGUGGGAAAAUGCACAUAAUUUUCACUUAAGUUCACACUGUGCUGUUUCUAUGUGACAUUCACACAAACAGGUAUUUUGUUAACACCUAAUUAUUUCAGGCAAGGGCAGAUCCAAAUUUUUAAUAUCAGGGGUGGCUCAAUACUAUGAAGAAACACAUGCUUUUUCAAAUGUUUGCAUCACUGAGUCGUUGUGAGGGUGUAUGUUGGGUCUACAACCUGCCCAAUUACCUGAAAAACAUAUAAAAAGGAGAAAGACAAUGGAAUAUACUCGAGGAGAAUGGACAGAGAUCUUUCUUUUAGUUAUCUCAAAACCACUCUAAAGCCGCUUUCAGACCAAACGCGACCAGGUCGCGUCGCGUCGCGUUGGUCGGUCAGGUCGCGUCGCGUGGUGCCCUGGUGUGUCCACACCGGGUCCAAAGCUGCAGUCCAAAGCUGGUCGCCGGUGACGUCAUCCAUGUCACUAGCUCAGUUUUCAGUUCAUCAGUGCUGCCACAUAUCUGUACAUCCACAGUAGACGCAGUAGUCCCUGGUUACACAAUGUUUCUAAAGGGGGGUAAAUGGUGCAGCAAAGUAAACAUUCUCAUAAAGCAUAAUAAUGAACACUUGUGAAUAUGUGAAGGUCAAGGCGGCAUCCAAUGAGCUCCUUCUGAUAAGAGCGGCACCUCCUCAAAAACUUCCCACGAUUUACAGCGGAGGAUACAUCACUCACACACCCCCACCUGCUGAUAGGAAAGACACAGUCACAGAAAACUGAAAGAAACAUUGUUCUGCUGUGUAGUAAAUCUAUUGGAGAGAAAAGUUAGGAAACACUCUUAUAUGAUGUAUAAAAAGAGGUCAAAACAGCAGCAGAAUUAUCUGCUUCAGAGUCCUCUAACUCCAGCAGUAAAACCUGCUUUUUUUGAAUGAGUGUGUGACUACAAAAGAAACACUUGUUAUAGUGUCUGUGUUAAUCUGGAGUAUUUCAGCCCAGCGGUCUAAAUGUGUGCAGCAGAGAGCUGAUAUCAGAUCUAAAAAUGAGCGCUGCAGAGUCUCAGAGGAGCAAUUAGUCUUCAAACACUCGAUAAAUAAUAAAUAAAGACAGAUGUGGCAUCAAUGAAAACAGCAGAGAGUCAGUAACACUCUCAGGUUAAACACGAUCAAUACAUUUACUCCUCGUGAGGAGAAGCAGGAUGACAGGGAGGAGUUCAACCUGGAUACAUUCAGUGUGCUCAUCUCAAACUCUAUGAAAUAGAAGUUUGUUCAUUAAGAUAAAGUUUUUUUCUUAAGAGGGUCAUUUUAACUAUUUGAGAGGAGGGGUGAGCAGGAGGAGAGCAGGGAGAGGAGCAGGAGGAGGAGAGAAGAGCAGACAGGGGAGCAGAAGGAGAAGAGAGGAGAGCAGGGAGUGGAGCAGAAGGAGAAGAGAGAGGAGUAGGAGGAGGAGGAGAGGAAGGGGAGGAGGUGGAGGAAAGAGAAUUGAAUUUUGGCACCCCCUGUGGUCAAAGUAUGUGCUCACAUAGUGUCCCCUACAAAAACCGCAUCCUGCUGACUGUUGACAGUGAGGUGUAUCAUUAACAGCAAAUAUUUAUGCUUAAAUUGUAACACCUGUUUAAUCUUUUUAAUCUGUGUAUUCCGUUUAAUCAGUAUAUUUUAUUUAUUCAGUUCAAUCUGCAUGUUUUGUUUAUUCUGUUUAUUUAGCUUAUUUUGUUAAAUUUGUUUAUUCUGUUUGAAAUGUUUAUUCUGUAUAUUCUGUUCAUUCAGCUGCACGGCUGACAAUGUCCUCUUACUCAGCUCUCAGACAUAAAAAUUGUUUGUCAAUUUCAGUGUAUUUCAUAAAUGUAAAGUAAAAACUUCUCAGAGCAACCCCCACUUUUAGACAAGCACACAAAAGAGAUACAGACUCAAAUGUGAGUCUGCAUGUGCAGACAAACCCAGUUUUAUUGUUGACCUGAGUUUGUAAAGAGUUUACCAACUGUCUCUCUGUCUGUGUUCACUCAGAUGUCCAGCUAUAAAAGAGCUACGUUGGAGGAGGAGGAAGUGUCAGACGCUCCAGCUGAAGUGGCCUCGUCUCCUGACGCAGUGGAGGUCAGUGAACGCAGCACACAGAGACAUCACACAAAGGUGAUGUCUUUUAGCUGGUUUCAGAGACUCAGAAAGAGGACAGUGACUCAGCUGAGAGAAGACAAAAUGAGUUUUAAAUAUAACUCCUCGUGUCCUCAGGAAAUUUCCUUCAAUCUUCUGUAGAUAACCGAUCCCAGGUGAGGUCCUGGACUCAGAGAGUCUAAGAGCGAAACCCUGGGGGCUCAGACUGAAAGACAAAAGUAGGCCAUGGUGGUGGGUCCAUCAGGCUCAGAGGGAGGAGCAGCAGGGGGUCUGGAUCUCUGCCAGACUGCCACUGUAGGGUGAACAUCAGCUCUGUAGAGAAGAGGAGCUGCUGGAGGAGGGUCACCGAUACUCAUAUGGACCGAUCUGAGAAAAGUCAGCUCAAACAGUUAGCGGAAUGUAUUUUAGGAAGGACAGCCAGGUAACCCACAGGUGAAGUCUGUCUUUAAGUAAUCCAGUUUGACAAAACCUGAACUCUGCAGGAAAACUGUAAUGGUCUUCCUCCAGCUGGGGACUGAGGGUCUACCUCAAGUGAAGGAGUUCAGGAACCUCAAGAUCUGGUUUACAUAGAGGUUGAAACGGGCAGUGAGGGGGACAAUGGAAACACAGGUUUUCUAUGACCAUCAUGGUGCAGAAGGAGCUGAGCCUGAAGGUCACCCGUUACAACCCUCACCUAUUUUCAUCUGUCCUCACCUGUCCUCUUCUGUCCUCACCUAUCCUCACCUUUCACCACCUAUCCUCAUCUUUCCUCAUCUGUCCCCUUCUGUCCUCACCUAUCCUCAUCUUUCCUCACCUUUCCUCUUCUGUCCUCACCUAUCCCCAGUUUUACUCACCUUUACUUACCGUUCCUCACCUAUCCUCAUCUUUCCUAACCUGUCUUCACCUGUCCAACCUGUCCUCACCUGUCUUCACCUGUCCUCACCUCAAGUACCUUGCUUCGCCAAAUGUCUAUGUGGAUUGUCACUGAGGUCUGAUCUGUAACCUGAGGAUCUUUGCUGCUGCUCUACCUGCCUUCCUCUUUGUCUCAGACUUUGAGCAGGGAGCUGUCUGAACAGUCACACUACCAAAUAGAUAUAACCUACAGCAUAAAAACAAACACUUCUCUUUGAUUGUUGUGGUCUAAACUGAAACAUGAUCACUAUGAAGGGUGAUCGGGUUCAGCAUGAGAGUUGAGUUUAGGACCUCAGAUACCCGCAGGAACCUCAAAGUAGAGCUGCCUACAGGACCUGCAUGAGUGGAAAAAUUUGUAGAUAGAUAGAUAGAUAGAUAGAUAGAUAGAUAGAUAGAUAGAUAGAUAGAUAGAUAGAUAGGUGGAUGUUGGUUUGUUGGAUGGAUGGAUAGAUUGGUGGAUGUUGGUUUGUUGGAUGGAUGGAUGGAUUGGUGUGAGCUGGAUGGUAGGUUAAUUGGAUGGAUGGUGGUUGGUUAGAUGGAUAAAUGGGCAGAUUGGUGGAUGUCCUUUCUCUCAGACUAAGCAGGUCUAUCUGAUUUUUAAUGGCAGCCCCCGGUUUCACUAUGUUGUUAAGAUAACAGAUAUUCUUGUCCAAGGGUUUGACUCCUGUCUUUGUCCCUUUCAGGUGGGUUUCAGGAAAGGAGGUGUGGACAUUUUUGGCAGAAGGACCCAGCUUGAGGUUGUUCUGUCGGUCCUGCUGCUGGCUGCGCUGUUGGCUCUGCUGGCCUGCCUCCUGGUAUUGGGACUUGGACUCAGCUCAGGUGACUACAACAAACACAACAUCCACUCCUGUCCUCCCUUUUCCUACUAUCAUCCUCUCUCUUCCACUUUUGAAACAUUAUUUUUUCCAUCCUCUAUUCCUGCUUUCCUACCAUCCUGACAUUUUAAACCCUUUCUCUGUCUCCUCUCUUCAUUCCUGGAUCAUAAGAUACUCCUUCCCUCUAGUGUCCCAUUUUUCUUCAUCUCUAGCUGCAGAUUUUGUGUUAACUAUGAGAUCUGUUCUUGGGUUUUGUUAUGAAAAGUGACCUGGAAAACUGUAGUCUCAAUAGUAUUGACCAAUCAGGUGUCAGCAGGCUUUGGUGUCUGUACAGAGAGUAAAAGCAGGAGGAACACAGUCUUCCAUCAUGACCUCCAGCUCCCAUGGUUGCUGACCCGGGGAGGACCUCUGUCUCUGUAUAAACAGAUAUCUGCAUGAAGGUCACUCAACAUUCUGUUCUAGAUUGCACAUUUACACAUAGGCACUAGUAGGCACAGCCUACUACCACCUUAAAAUUAUUAUUAUUAAUCUGACUGAUGCCAAGUUACUAAAGACAAUCAGAGUUUAGAUUUAUGUACUUCCCAGAAUGGAUGGAUCUGACCUGCUUUAUCUGAUGUUAUCAUAUCCAACUGAAAUCAAUAAAGGCCAAUCAAAAGAAAGUAUCAGUUCAACAUUGUUUAGCUCACCACUGCCUUCACCAGAACACGCACGAAAGUUUUCUUUCCCACCACCACCCAUCUUUCCCAGAACCUUUUUUUCAUCCCCUUCUUGUCUUUCUUUUUUUUCUUGUCUUAGCUCAGUGCACACCCUGACCAUCCUUUCGGGCACCUUCUGUCCUUGCUGCUCCUCCUUUUCACCUCUUCCUUCUGUUUCCUCCACAUCUCUUUCCUUCCCGACCCAGCCCAUCCUUAUCCCCUCCCAUUUCCUCCCCCUUUGCUUCUGUGUGUCUCUUUUUUUGUACCUGAUCUUUCCUUUUCUUUCCUACUCCCUCUUUUCUCCUCACUUUGUCUUUCUUUCCUCUCAAUCUCCUCUCCUUUGCUCUAGUUAUCCUCUAACAUGUCAAACACACCCUCUGCAGAUCCUCCUGUUUUCUGACUCCUCCGUGUGACCGUUAUGUCUUUUUAUCCCAUGAUGCCUCACAGACAGUGGACGUGGCCUGUGCCUGUCAGAGGCAUGUGUCACUGUGGCAAGUCAGAUGGUGGAGGCAAUGGACCGCAGUGCCGACCCGUGCCAGGACUUCUACCAGUUUGCCUGUGGAGGCUGGAUGAGGAAGAACCCGCUGCCUGAUGGACGGUCCCGCUGGUCCACCUUUAACAGCAUCUGGGAACAGAACCAGGCCCUGCUGAAACACCUGCUGGGUGAGACAGGGGGGAGGGGCAUGGGGGACAGAAUGACAAAACAUUGGUUGACAGACAGACAGACAGACAAGGUAGAUGGAAAGACAUGAAGAGAGGGACACAGAGUUAGUUUCAAAACAGGACAGAUUAAGGGACAGAUACAAAGACACUGAAGAGGACAAAGACUGACGGACAGAGAGGGAAGACAAGAUAAUAGAGGAACAGGCUGAAAGAUAGACAAGCAAACACAGAGAGAUCUAUUUCCUGCCUUACCCACAGUGUGGCGCAGGUGUGCAAGUACAGCCCCUCUCUAUCUCAGCCCCUUCCAGUCAUGCAAGUAAGAGAAAAUGAGGGGAGAAGGUGUGGAGUGGGUUUAAUACAGCUGAGUCCAAUUUUCACCAAUCACAUCAGUUCCUUUCCUCACCUUUAAAUGCGUGCAGUAGUCUACAAGAUGACAGAAGACUGCAACGCGGGCCUGAGGCAGCCCCUCAACGAGUGUCGUGUUAGGUGCUGUGGCAGAAACAACAUCCUCCCCACACUUUCUCAAAUAAGCAUUAAGGGUUUUGGUUUGUGCCUGGUUGGGCCCAUGGGUAAGGAAAACACCCUUUUCACAAAUAAAAAGACACUCACAUGAAGUUGCUUGUAUUUAAACCUUGUGACAAAGGUGGGUCGUGUGCACAGUUUACAACAUGAAACAAAUGCCAUGCAUAACAGCAUUAAAAUCAGAACCACCUGUGCCUAAAGGACAUAUCACGCUCAUGGCCUGUCUCUUUCUUCCAAUAAUGUUUGCAUAUAAAACGAACUUGGUUCACGCAACUGCAUAUUAUAGUUGCAUGUAGGCCUAACCCCGGACUGAAUAUUCACAGAAUUUAAGGGUGUGAAAACAUUACACAAAGAGUUUAUUUUGAACGAUAGUGUCUUUCAUUGUUUUUUUCAUGUUUUUGAAAUGAAUCACUCAUUUGAUCACUUCAAUAUAUCACCUGGUUUGCCUAGGCACACUUGCCGCCGCAGUAGCAAGAUGGGGAUAGGAUGGGUAGAGGUGUCCAGGUCUGAGUAGAGUGGUGGAUGCCAUGAUAUGGCUACUGCCUACCACAGAGCCAUCCACCACCCCCGCCUGUCCCAUUAAGAAGAAAAACAAGCGGGAGGGGACAGUUUAAAUAUCUUAUAAACACCAGCAUGUGUGACAAUGAUUUUAACGCAGUUUCAGAUUUGUUAAUCUGGUCAGAUUGAGUGUCCAUAUGCAUGCCAAACCUGCCAAAACCUUUUUUUUCAGAUCAAAUAUGGAUUAAAAUAUAUCGAUAUAGAUCUAAGUGUAUGUGCUGACUCAGAUAGUUGCACUAACUAAUGGUUGUUGUUGAUUAUUUAUUGCACUGAAAUGUGCCUGACAUUGUGAAAACCUGCCUGUGAGGAAUUAGUGACGUGUGCACACUGCUACACUGGUCUACCAACAUACCACUAGACCAGCUCCCCUCCACCUGCACCAAAAGCUGACCAGGUUUGAAUUGAUGAACUUUCAUCACACUUUUUGCGCCACCAUCAGGCAUGAAAUUGUCAAUGUGCCAGCUGAUUCUGUCAACACCUCUCCCCACUGCGUCGCCACAUCCAGCUUGGUGCAUCUUGGUGCGCCACGAAAUUACCAAAUUGGCUGUGUGCCAGGCUGCACUGCCUGGGGUGCACCACCCUGCAUUGUGCCACUUGUGGCACAAAUAUAUAGCCCAGAAGGUUUGGACUGAGGGACACACAGAAAGAGAGACAGUUUGACAGGGAGACAGACAUGUCAAGACCAAGAUAGGUACAAAGAGAGAAGACAGGACAUGAAGAGAUAGGCUGAAAGAAGGUCAGGGAGAAAAAGAUGUUGACAGACAGAGAGAGAAGCAAAAAGUCAGACAGGAUAAGACAGAGAGACAUCCUAUCAAAUGUCUGUGUGGACACAUUUGUCAAACUGAAGCCCAGAGGUUUUAAAAAAAACAUGGACAAAGAACACCAGGACACCGGCCAAAACGUCAGGAUCUCCUAAUGAAGAACAGAAAGACUUUAACCUCUCAGACUUGGACUCUGUCUUUUAGAGAAUGGGACGUUUAACGGCAGCAGUGAGGCUGAGAGGAAGACUCAGUCCUACUACCUGUCCUGUCUCAACACGCAGAGGAUCGAGGAGCUCGGAGCUCAGCCCCUCAUAGACCUCAUUGCUAAGGUAGCCCAUUUUUCAUUCCGAUAAAAGUACCACAUACUCAUUCAGUCAUGUUCAAGUUAGCAGUGACAUCUAAAAUCUGUCAGCUUCUGGGAGACUCCCACUGACCUGAACUCACAGGGUCCUGAAACGGUGACCAGUACAUGAGUAAUAUAAGAUACUUAGCAGCAAUCUGUGUAAUAACCACGGAGGAUAGAAUAGUACAGAGAGGCCCUCUGAAAAAAAAGCAAAGCUCUGGAAAAUUCCAAAAAAUAGUCUGCACUGAUACUGAUGUUUUGAUUGGAAUUUAUAAAAUGAUUGAAGGCUUCACCUACAUGUAUUGGGAUAUUGCAUUUCCUCAGUUUCCAGAAGAAACGUCCCCAUCAGAAGUUUUAUAAACAUUUUUCUGUUCACAUGACAGCACAGAAAUAGUUGAAAAUGCUGUCAUGAAUCUGCGUUCCAGUUGUGCUCAGAAGUCGGGAUUUCCGAGCUCCGAGUCGGAAAUUCAUCUGGAACGCCCGCCCGAAGUCAGAUUUCCGACUCGGAAAUUCGGACGAUCCCCACCAACCCCGACUUGACGGCAACAUCAUAAUCCAAGAUGGCAGUGCAGUGCAUCAACAGUAAUGAGUAAUGGUGAAAGCUUUCGUAAUAUAUUUUUUAUUAGCACUUGUUUUGUUUUUGUAAAAUUAAAUAAGUAAUAUAUGUUUUACUGCCCAAUGCCUAACUGUGAACACGGUGCUAUCGUGUUUGUAAGAGUAAAAUACUGUGCUAUGCGUUUUUUACAACUGAUCUAGCUAACAACAGCUGACAAUGGGCAACGACAGCUGACAACAGCUAACGACAGCUGACAAAUAUUAACAACAGCUAACAACGGCUAACAGUAGGCGUCAUCUUGGUUUUCCAACUUGUUUACUGGAACGCUGUCAACUUGGGUGUAACGUCAUUCCCUGCUCCGACAUCUUACUUCCGAGGUAACUGGAACACAGCAUGAGUAUGCCAGACCAGUUGGUGAUAAUGUGUUAUCAGUAUCAUAUGAAACAUCACAGAGGAACUUUGUCAUGUGUAAAGAGUAUCUUCUUGAAUGAAGAACACUCAAAACCGUGUUCUUUAAACUGGUGAGUGGAAGAGUAACCAUCAACAGAAGCCUAACAUCUUUGCACAUGCAAAGCACAGACCAAGAACAGUUAUGAAUCAGCAUUUACUUCAGCAACGUUUUUCAAGAACCCUCACCCAGACAGACCCUCAACUCUCUUAAUCAUAAAAGUCAGUCUCCAUGAGGACAGAAAGUCAAACACUCAGAGAAAAAAACAAUUACAAAAUGAUUCCAUUACGUGUGGAUUUUGACUAUUUUAGAGAAACAUCAGAUUAUAAUCUGCAUACAGUUGUCGAAUCUCAGCUCUUUACCCUGUUUUCAAUUAAAAACAAAUGAUGUGUAUAUAUAUAUAUAUAUACACACACAUAUAUAUGUAUCUAUAUUUAUAUAUAUAUGUAUAUAUAUAUAUAUAUACACACAUAUAUAGGUAAAUAUAUUUAUAUAUAUAUACACACAAAAAAAAAUUAUAUAUAUAAGUAUAUAUAUACUUAUAUAUAUAAUUUUUUUUUUUUUUUUUUUCAAAAAUCUGUACUGCCCAGACUCCAAAUACACUUACAUAAAACCUGGACUUGUUCCUGUUGGCAGAUUGGGGGCUGGAACAUGACAGGUCCCUGGGAGAAGGAGAACUUCAUGGAUGUUCUGAAGGUGGUUUCUGGUCCCUACAGAGCUCAGCCUUUCUUCAGCAUUUCUGUCAGUGCUGAUCCUAAGAACUCCAACAGUAACGUCAUCCAGGUAAACCAGAACCAGAAUCUAAUUCCAACCAUUAACUUUACUAGAACCAGAAUCUCUAGAAGAACCAGAGUCUAUGCAAGAACCAAAAACUAUACUAAACCAGAAACCAAACCCCUAUCAGAAUCUAAACUCAAAGAAUCUGCGUUCAACCCCAAACCUAUAUAAGCACUAGCAGUUUUUACCAGAAGCAGAAUUAUUACCAACAACAGAAAUUGUACCAGAACCAGUACCUAUCUAAAACUGGAAACUUUACCAGAACCAGAUUCUAAAGCAUAACAAGAAUCUUUGCCAGAACCAGAAACCACACUGUAAUCAAACAACCUAAGAUCAGGACCAGCUAGAGUUCAUGCAGUUUAAGAGUGGCAUGUUCUCCUUUGUUGUCAGUGUUGUUUCCCUGUGACCUUGAUUGGCUAACCUCUUUCCUGCUCAGGUGGACCAAUCAGGGCUCUUCCUGCCAUCCAGGGACUAUUACCUCAACAAGACAGCCAAUGAGAAGGUGAGGACUUCAUUCAGAGUAUUUGGGGAUCCAAAUUCUCAUUUUUCAGGUAACCUGUUGAUCAUUUAUGUGACUCCUAGGUGUUAGUGGCAUAUCUGGACUAUAUGGUGGAGCUGGGGAUGCUGCUAGGUGGGGAGAGGAGCUCUACCCAGAUUCAGAUGCAGCAGAUUCUGGAGUUUGAGACGGCUCUUGCCAACAUCACUGUCCCACAGGACCAACGGCGAGACGAGGAGAAGAUCUACCACAAGGUCACCAUCUCUGAGCUGCAGGUGAGCCACAGUGACCUGUGUCAGAGAACAAACUGAGAUCAAUAGGAGGUUUAGGUGGAGGUGGACCUUGACAGUGUCACAGUGGUGAGUACAACGAGUUAAAAUGUGCUGCCUUGGAGGAUGGACUAUGAUUGGUUGUGAACGUGAUUCAAUCAGUUGCCUUACAGCUAGGCUUAUGGCAUCUGUGUCCUGCAUGAACUUAGAACUUCAUUUGAUAAAAGAUUGUUUUCAGCAUCAAAUGUAGUUCAGUGGGUUUUCAGACGCAGGGAUCAGCUAAUGCUUGUUAGCUAGUGAGGUGGAGCUGUAUUCCUUAAUGAGGGUGAUACUAUUAACUAAAAACAAGAAACAAACAAAACAAAACUAGAAAAAAUAAUGGUUGACUGCACAGGGUGUCUUUGGUUGAUCAAAACACUUCGGAUCACCUUUGUGACUUUGUGACUUUUCUACCCCAGGUCCCCGAACUGACUCCUCCCCUGUUUCUGGUCUCUGCGACUUUAAAUGUAAUGUGAUUUAUAAAAUAAACAUGAUGCUUCAUUAAAGAAGACUGUAAACUUGAGAUCAAGUCAUUAAACCUAUGAGGCUUUCUGAGGGAAACAUCAGCAAAGAGGUUGGACUGUUUCCUCGUAGACUGCUAUACAGUCAGACUGUUGCAGGCUGGUUAUCAGAUUUAAACAUGUCAAACGUGGUUUAUGAUUCCACAUCAGCUCCAGCUGCUCUGUGUGUUAGUCCCAGUGUGCUAACAGGUUUAACUGAGGUGGUCAAUAUGAUCCUCAUUACACCUGCCAAACUGAUAAAGAUAAGGUUGUCAUAGCUGACAUGCUAAUGUUAGCAUCCAGCUCAGAGCUAAUGCCUCACAUAGCUGAACACACAGCUAAAGACUUCAUUGUCCCUUUAUUCUGUCUUUAUCAUCUGUGGUUUUUACAAGCAGGAAUAAGAAGUAACAUGGAUUUUUGUAAGAAUGUGACUAUUUUUCUUUGCUGCUCAUCUCUGGCUGCAUAAACAGGGUUUGAUUUCCUCCCAGUGUGUUUCCCUGUAAUUUUCCUGAUCAGUAUUUCUCUGGUCCUGUCUGCAGUGAUCCCAUCUUACAUGCUGCUUCCCUCUCUGGCUCAGCUCUGAUGUAAAGUGUGUGUUGGCAGCAGCAUUUUAUACAGUACGGUCCCUGCUGCAGCGCUCCGUCCUUCAGGGUUGCAGAUGCUUCAGGGGUCACCAUGGAAACUGUUGCCAAGAGCUGUUGCUAUGGGCCUGCAUCUCUGUGGCAGAAAGGGAGAUGGAGUGAGGUUAGAUAACAGGUUAUUAUAUAAACAUGGCAGAUAUGAACAUGGGGGGAACUUCAGACACACAUCCCUGCAGGUUCAGACUAACCUUUGUCUCUGUCCUCGGCUCACUGAUUAGAUGGUUGGUGUUGUUAGGAGGGGGGAGGGGGCAGAGAUGAUCAUUUAACCUGACAGGAGUCUUCCUGCUGCCCUUAUACUGUUGAAAAAUAUACCAAAAUCUCUUUAUAGAUCCUUAUUAAAAAUGCAAGAUCUACUGUUUUGAAUAUGUUUGUUUGUAGUUUGAGAAGUAUUAACUAAUCAGGUGUCUGCAAAGAAAACAGUCUGUGUAAGGGGAAAAAGCAGAAGGAACGAAAUGUAAUAAUUUGUAAUCUGAGGAGGAUUUCUGUCUCUGUAUUAACAAAUAUCUGCAUGAAGGUCAGCAAUAAUCAAUGAGUGAUGCUGAGCUACUAAAAACAAGUGCAGCCCAGAUUUACAGACUUCUCUGAAUGCAUCAGAAAUGAUGGAGCUGACCUCCAUUCAACAAACAAACAUUUUACAAGAUGUUUACUUCUCCUCUUGGGAACAGACCUGUAAAAGCUAGACUUGGGACUUCAGAUGUUAUUUCAGUCAACUGAAGACCAGUUAAUAAGGAGAAAAUCACAAGAACACCGGUUGCUGUUUAGGUUCAUACUACUAAAGGAAGCCAAAGUGAAGCCUCUGAGAGACUAUUUACAGUGAAACUGAGACUUUCUGCAGACAGAUGAACGUACACGAUGUCAGACCUGUCGUGAGAUUUGGUCGUAGCGUAUGCUCACGUGCAGGUUGAUAAAUGCCGAUCCUCACGUCAAAAAUUUCGUACGCAAGGUGUAUGCAAGUUUUCUGCCGUACGCAAGCUUGAUAAAUGAGGGCCACCGAGACUCACAACAGACAGAUGAACAGUAAACCAGAAUGAAGCCUCUGAGAGACUAUUUACAUAAAAACUUAGACUCCCUACAGUCUGACUCUUCCUUUUUGAUCUGAUCACACAGUCAUUUGAGACUUAAAUUAUCCAACUCUAAAAAGUGCAGUGCACUGAAAAAGUUUCUGCUGAACUCAUCUGACCACACCAGACUGACUGAAGAUUCUCUGCCACACUGAGGUCAUAUUUCUGUAGUUUAUGAGUUCACACAUUUUGCUGACUUAGUUGUUGGAUUGGCUCGGUAGGUUGGGCAGGUGACUCAUGUGCAGAGGCUGCAGCCCUCCUACCAUUGCCUGUAAAAUCCAGUUCCAGCCUUGACUGGAUUUGGUGCAUGUCCUCUCUCUCUGUCCAUAUUUUAAGUAAAACUGGCAAAAAUAACCCUAAAAACCAUCUGACUGAAACCCUGCAGUCUGACACCCUCUACAUCUAAUGAAACACAGCCAGUUCAUUUCAGGACAGAUCCAGAUUUACUGACUUUGUCUGGGUUUAUGUUGAGAUGAUUUCUAAUCAUAGAAGCAGCUGUACUCAAAGGGGACUUUUGAGCCUUUUAAGAGAACAUCUCUUUGGCUAAGCAUAUUUUCUGCUGUUAACAUUAAGCUCAGGCCCUAUCUGAGGAAACCAGCAGGAAUGCUGAAACCUAAUUUUCCUAAAGAUGUGAUGAAUUGUUGAAAUUAUUUUGGGGGACCUGGAAAUAUUUUAGGUGGGGCUCUUUUUUGGGACUCUACUGGUAACAACCCCUGAUUAUAAACCCCAGACUGUCCCUAUAGAGCACAUCUUGUCUUUCUGUCCUGUCUUCAUAAAUGUGGUGGCAUCUCUGAGGGUUCAGCUUAGAUCUUCCGUUUCUCUUUGUUUUUUUUCACAUUUUGGCAGGUGCCUCAGAGUCCUCCUGCAGGGGAACAUCCUCUGUGAUAACACCUGACAGGUGUGACUUUACCUGCUGCAUCACCCGCUGCGGGCUCUAACAACAUCCUGUCUGAAACCUCGGGCACGUCACAUGACCUCCUCUCACUUCUGUCUCUUUACUGAUAUUAUUUCUUAAUUUCCCUACAUGUGAGGCUCUGGUUCCUGUCUGCCUGAGGGUCUGCAGCUUUGCUCCCUCACUGACAGACCCAUUAGAUUGUAAAACCGUCACAUACCCUCACCUUUCAGGGUUACCUCUGAGUCUGGGCUCAUGCUGGAAGUUUUUCUUUAACUGGAAUAUUUCUUAAACUGAUAAUAAUGAAACACAAACAGGGUAAGAAACUUUUUAACUUUUAUCUCCUGUCUGGAUCUCCUUUUGACUGAGAUUCAUUUGGCUGGUCCAGCCGCGCCCUCUGCUGACCGACUCAUUUUUAGACACAUCUGGAUGUAGAGUAGUAGUAGUCAAACCUAAACCUUUGUCCUGAGUUCUCACAGCUCUGAUUCAGUGUCUCAUUAUCAAACAUGUGAACGGCUGCUGUCAGAAACAGUCAGUCAGUGCUCUAGCUUUGCUCUGCACAAGUUUCUCCUGUUAGUUUCUGACUGACUGCUUGGAGCCCAGGCAGAAUCAACAGGGAUUAGUUUUUCAUCUCGGCACCUCCCCCCUGGGUGGUGCAGUCUGCUCCCACACUGAGGGUUACUGAGACACACCGAGGGAUGGACAGAUCUGGUUAACAGAAAAACUUUAACCACAUCUGAGCUGAAUCUUUUUCACUCCGAUCUUAAGUCCUGCUGCGGACCCCAACAGUCUUCUCCAAUGAAGACGUCGCUUUAUUUAAAUCUGGGUCAUCUUGCUGGGUCUCCCUCACUUCUCACAGCUCACCUAAAGAGGGUGUGGUAGCAUCUUUACCUGAUUUUGGCUCUCAGGGUGCUCUUCAUUGUCAGCACUGUACCGGUGAUGAUGUCACUGUAUGCUGGGGGUGAAAUAAAGCUAAAUGCAACGCUGGUACAUGAAUGUGGGCACCAAAGAAGUCUCAGGUCAACAUGGGUUUUCAGCCCCACUCAGUUUAUUGUCUGUUUUUUUUUCCUACUGGCCACUAACAGCAUUGCAACGCAAAAAGCCUUUUUCUCUGACACCUUUGUUAUGAAAUAAAAAACCAAGACUAUUCACAGGAUGGGCAGGACAAGCAGGUUCAUUUAAAAGCCUUUUUUGGGAAUUUUGGAUCAGUGGAGGUGUAGCAACUCAAAAUGUAAUAAUGGCUCAUAAUCUAAUAAAAUCAUGAGUGUAUAACGUAAUAAUAUCUCUGUGCAUAAUGUAAUAAUAUAACAAUUUAUUACUUUAUAAGUCAGUUAUUACAUUAUGAACUUAAUUAUAUUAAAGUUAUUACAUAAUGAGCCGUUAUAACUUUAUGAGCUGUUAUUUCAUUGUAAGUUGCAACAGGAGAUAAAAACCUGAACGCAAACUUUGAGGCAGCUCAUAGCCAAUCGCAGCACAAGGACUUGACACUCUCUGUAUCUGAUGUCUCUUUCCUUUGUUGGUGUUUCAGGCGCUGGCUCCGGCCGUAGAGUGGUUGGACUACCUGUCGUCCUCUCUGGCUCCACUAGAGCUAAAUGACACAGAGCCUGUCGUCCUGUACGCCAGAGAAUACCUGCAGCAGGUGUCUGACCUAAUCAACAAGACAGACCACAGGUGAGAAGGAAUGUAGCUGCCCUGGUGUGACACACUGGUGUGUUAGCUUUCACCUUAUAGCCUUCAGUUUGGUGUGUAGACCAUCUGUCUGUGGCUGCUUGGUUAACUGAAAUGACCACGUGUGUGUGUGUGUGUGUGUGUGUGUGUGUGUGUGUGUGUGUGUGUGUGUGUGGGUGGGUGGGUGGGUGAAGGGGGGGGGGGGGGCAGUGCUAGUUAAACAUAGUGUUUCUUUCUGCAAUCAAACUACAAACCUAGAAGAUUCCAUAUGUCACUCAAACAGACCACACCCCUAGUAACCAUCUCUUUAGGCACUCAUCUCUAAUCAAUAAAUUCAGUCUGUACAGGUGUCCUGAUCAUAGACUGUAUAUAGAAUGGACGCCGUCUGCCUUCUGGCUAGGUGAAGCCAUUCUGAGAACAGCACCCUCUCAUGACAGGCUGCAGUAUAGGUCAUAAAUCCUGCCUCCUCUGCCAAUCCUUAUGAAGCUGUGGACAAACUUUAGAAAUGUAUUACACAAAAUAUAAAUUUUUCUCCCCCCUGGUUGCGAUGUUGACAUGUAGUUCCUGUAAGACUGGUUUGUGCUUAAGUCACCUUUUUUCUGUGCAGCUCCAUUUUUAAAAGUUAUUAGGGGGUUGUUUUUUUCUAUGAUUGACACUUGAUACAGCCUAUGGGUGUAUGAAUAUUGCGUAGCUCACCCGGGGGAUACACUGUUUGAGCAGAGCAUCAUCACAGAGACCCCCCUGCUAAAUGCGUACAACACUACUACGCAAGUGGUGGUUUAAGGAAGUGGAGAAAAUCCUGGAAAUAACCAGAGCAAUUCGGCUUCAAAUUCGUGUAAUGACGGAAGGCAGAGCUAAGUUGUCCAUAGUAUAUACAGUCUAUGGUCCUGACCAGAGAAAUGACCCAUCCUGUUUCUGCCCCAGACUGUGCUGUAAACUUUUAACAUGAGGCUUGCUAGGGACUGACUCAAUGCAGGACAGAGUCUCUAGUGGACAGGAGGAGAACUGCAGGUUUUGGCAUUUCAGUGUUGUUGUUUUUUUAAUUGAGUCAACUUUCUAACCAGUCUCUCUCUCUCUCUCUAUAUAUAUAUAUAUAUAUAUAUAUACACAUAUGUUUGUUUUUCUGCCCUUCUGUCCUCAGUCUAUUGAAUAACUACAUGAUGUGGACAUUGGUCCAGAAGAGUGUGGCCAGUUUGGAUCAGCGCUUUGAGAAUGCUCAGGACAAACUUCUGGAGAGUCUCUACGGGACCAAAAAGGUACAAAUUCCUCAAACGCUUCUGCUUUCUCUUUCAAAGGUACUACUAUUUGUACUCCUGGUACUGGUACUUUCUUUCUUGUACUACAGCAGGUACAGCUCCAUCUAAUGUUACCAUCUUGACAGUUGGUAGACUUUUCCAUUCCCAGCAAUCUCUUACUAACUCUAUUUAAACUGGUCCUAGUCUUGUUAUUUCACUCUGCCUGUGUCCCCAUUGGAUUCUCACUGUGGUGUCCUCUGGACUGUUACAAGUCUGUUUAUCUUACCUAACUCACCCUUACUGGGUCAGUGUGCGAAGAAGCAGCGCUUGUGUUGGUGUUGACGCUGGUUUUAUCAGCACCUGUAAACAAGUUUUCAACAGUUCUUCUGAGAUGGUUUUGGCUGUGAAUAGUUCUAAAGUGUCUCAAACGGUUGGGACCAAGUUGGGCCACUAUACUAUACCACUUUUGCUGGUGAUGGUGGAGCUGAUGAAUCUAGUGAAUAAGACACAGGAAAGGCUUGAAGGUGGGAUAGGAAUCUGUUAAAGAAGCAUCUUUUUUGUGGUGUAUAUACAAAAAAGCAUUUAAUAUCAGUCAAUAGCUAUUAGUUAUUGAUGACAUUCGGGAGUAUCACAAUAUCGCUGCGUUUUCUUAUGUUUGUGUAGUCAACAUUUUUAAAUUUCUGAGCGGCUCGCUCUUUCUUACUGUAAAUAAAGCCGUUCUCCACCUCCCCAACCUGAUUGGUUGUGAGGCAGACGCUGCUCCCCCAUGUUGUGAGGAACGCUCCACAUCCUCGAAUAAUGUGCACGAGCCCUAACAAAGUUAGCGUGCCACAAUAUCGUAAAGUGGAAACCAACCAGAAAAUUGUCUGAAUCUUCCUUUGGCCACGACUGCCAACACAAGCAAGAAAACAAAAUAGAUACCAGAGACUCUGGGAGAAUAAUGGGCACUUAAAAAGGAGGUAGUCCAGAGAAGAGCUAAAAAGCAGGGUCAACAUCAGCAUAAAUGCCUUGGGACACUUCGGGAUCUUACGGACCCUUUACCUUUCUGCUGGACAGGUAAACCAAUUUAACAAAGUAAGCCAAGUGUCUGUAACAGAAGUGUUUCUUGUCAAACGGAAUUUGCUGUGUGUUGAAGCACCACUAAACUGUUUACCUCAGGUUCUGGAGUAUGACACUUUAUUCUGGUUGUAGAAGUCCUGCAAACAUUGUGUUUACUGGUAGUCUGUUGGCAUCUACAGUAGCACCAAUGCUCUUUACUUUCACAUUGACUGGGCUCUAUUUGUAAUUAUCUGAAGUAUUUAUCUGUAUUAUCUCUGAAUUUCAUUGGAAAAAUGCAAGCGAGCAGGGGCGUCUGUUUGUGGGCGGGGCUUGCUGGAGUAGAGACAGGGGGGAGAAGAGAAGCUGAGGGGAAAACUGGUUGGGAGGGGUAGUUUUUACAUUCAAGAUUUCUCACAAAAACUGGCACUUCCUCAGAUCCUGCCGACCCCACUUUUAAGUCUUUCUGUUGGUUCUGGCUGUUUUUUGUAGCUGUUAAACUGAUUCUACCCACUGUAAAUUGUGCAGAACUUGAAGAAACUAACAGCUUAUCCGGUUUUGAUUGAAACCAGGCUGUUACUGGUUUGUAAAAUCCUGCAAUUGGUUUAAUUCAUAGACUGUAUACACUGUGAACAACUUGGCUUCGCCUCCUGUCAUCAUACGAAUUUAAAGCAAUUUAAAAUUGCUCUCAAUUUUCUCCACUUCCUGAAACUGGGAUUUGCGCUGUAGCACUCAGUGGGUGAGUGGCUGUGAUGACACCCUGCUCAAACAGUGUAUCCCCUGGAUGAGCUACGAAAUCUUCGUAGCUCCAUAGCUUCCAUAGGCUGUAUCAAGUGUUAAUCAUAGAAAACAUGAACCCCCAAUAACUUUUAAAAACGGAGCUGCACAGAAACAAGAAGACUUGAGCACAAACCAGUCUUACAUAAAACUACUGUCAACAUCGCAACCAGGGGGGAGAAAAAUGUAUAUUCUGUGUAUUAAAUUUCUAAAGUUUGUCCACAACUUCAUUAAAUUUGCUAGUGGAGAAGGGAUUUACAAUAUGUACUACAGCCUGUCACCAGAGGGUGCUGUUCUUGUGCAGGCUUCAUCCAGUGAGAAGGCAGAUGACGUCACUUCUAUAUAGAGUUUAUGGUUUUAGUCUGCUGAACAAAACUUUGCCCUCGUAGAGACCCUGUAGAUAUAGCAUUAAAUUAUUUCUGACCAUCGACUGUAUAUCAAAAGGAUGACAAAACAGCUCCCAUGGAAUACAGCAAAUGCAGAAAGAGCUAAUUUGACUGACUGGUUGCAAUGUAAGUCAUAAUGUUCGCCUACCCCCAUUCCCCCAUGUUAACAGAUGGGGCAUUGGUCAAACUGGAAGAUUAAAAUGCAAACCAGAUCAGGUUUUCUCUUAUUGACUCAGACCACAUACAUUCACUCUGUUAGCACCUGUUGCUGGGGGUUACCAUAGCUUCAAUUUAGUACAACCAGGGGAAGUGGACAUGUGUCAUCCAUAUUUAUAAACAGUUCAUGGUUCUAACUGGUUCGUUGAAUUUCCCCUCGAGGACCAAUAAACGUAUCCUUCUUCUUGGCUGUAACUGUAUGUAACAGUACGUAAAUUUGGUUGUGAUUGGUUUUAAUUGGUCCUGGUUGGUUCCAGUCCUGCACCCCCCGCUGGCAGACCUGCAUCGGGAAUACUGAUGACACUCUGGGCUUUGCUCUGGGGGCGCUCUUUGUGAAGGCCACUUUUGACAAACACAGCAAAGAGAUUGUGAGUGACCGCCUGUUUCCACUUGAUGAUACAAUGAUCAUGACCACUCUACUGAUGGUCCUGGAUCAGGUAGAGGUGGAGUUCAUCACCUGUUUCUCUCUUCUUCUCUCAGGCUGAGGAGAUGAUCAAUGAAAUCCGCUCAGCGUUUAAGGAAUCUCUGGACAAACUCAGCUGGAUGGACGACCACACCAGACAGGCUGCUAAAGACAAGGUAUGCACAGGUAGAAGUAGACAACACACCAGGCACCUUUAGAUCAGGGGCCUAUUUUAUGGACCUUUGUACAAAUUAAUAAGUUUGGACCUUCAAACUGUGAAAAUUAGUCCCUUUAGUCAAGUGUAACUGGUAGACUGUUAUUCUAUGGAGUAAGUGAGCCAUUCAGGGUUCAACAAGCAAUCACAAAGAGUUUUAGAUUCAGUCAGGACCACUUUAGUCUGGGACAGAUAUUAUUUACAUGCAGUACAUUCUGUUCUGAGGGAAGUGGAAAAAUUACAUUUUGCUGAUAUGCAAUAAGGUAACAACUUAAAGACAGGAAGAUACAUAUGGUAAAAAAAAAAUCUAGCGUAACAUGUGGUAUUGAUCAUCUGAGUGUUUAGUAUUUCUUGAAAAGAAAAGAAGUUACAGAACAGACCUCAUACAAAGAUCAUCAUGUUGCACGUCAGCAGAAUAUUAAUUUUCCAUUCUAAAACAAUUAAAAACUCUAUCUGCACUGCUGCAUGGCAGCUGUUUCUGACCAAACUCUCUGCUGCUGACUGAGAAGACGCACCAGUGCAGUUCCUAAACUUUUAGCCUUUACUGAAAAGCCCAAAAUAAGAACGAACAAAGCCAGGGUGGAAAAGGACCAAAAUCUCAAAGAGGACGCUGAGUGGAUUCUCUGUCUGUCUGCCCGUUGUUAGGCAGAUGCAAUCUACGACAUGAUUGGUUUCCCAGAAUUCAUCCUGGACCCUAAAGAGUUGGACGAUGUCUAUGACGGGGUGAGUAUGAACUGUCAUUCACUUAUUCACCUACAGACUGGCAGUCCAGGAAGAUCACUACAUGAUGAGAGGAGGGCUUGGUUGUGCUGUUGUUGCUGUAGGAGAUCCUUUGCUGCCCCCCUGCUGUUUGCCCCCAUGAUCAACAUGUGAUUAAACUCUGUGUUUCAGUAUGAAGUCUCAGACGACAGCUUUUUCCAGAACAUGUUAAAUUUCUACAACUUCUCAGCCCGAGUGAUGGCCGACCAGCUGAGGAAGACUCCCAACAAAGACCAGUAAGAAUGCAUCAACCUGCAUUAACCAGCAUGGGGCGUCUUCUUUGGUUGUAAAAUCAAUCUAAUGAAAAGAAGUUUCUGAGAAAAUGUUCCUCCCUCUCAGCUGAUUUGUUCCCUUAGUAAACAUCUUCUUGAUCAGUUUCUGGGCUCAGUCUAUAGUUUACAGUUUUCUUGAAAAAGUGUGAUGUAAAUUUCAGAAAUUAUGGUCCAUGCAGAGUCCAGCAGAGACCAGGAAAAAGAGAGAGUAUUCAGAGAACACCUGGAAUUAUCUCAACUCGACUGUGGUGACCUGUUAACAAGUCAGGGGACUUUACAGCACAGCCUCUUGUCCAAGUAUCAGUCAAUUUAUCCCCAAAACAUGAAAAACCAAGAUGGUGAUGUGUCAAGUUCCAAAAAGAUGGAUUUAGCAGAAAGUGUGAACUGUCAGGUUUUCAGGUCUUUACAGAGUAGCACAUCCUGAAUAGCUGCAUAUUUGAUCUUACUCAUAUUGAAUCUCUCGGUCAGCUGGUGUAAAUUUCUAGUUCAGUGGAGGAACAUGAAGGUCAAAGUUUAAUAACCUGCUCCUCUCCAUUCCUUAUCUCCUUUCCUUGUCUCCUUGUCCCCUCCUUUUCUCCUUUAGGUGGAGUAUGACUCCUCCCACAGUGAAUGCUUACUACAUGCCCACUAAGAACGGCAUUGUGUUCCCUGCUGGGAUCCUACAAGCUCCUUUCUACGCUCAUGACCACCCCAAGUCUGUGCACCUCUUUAUCUACCUGUCUUUGUGUGCAUGUGCGUGUGUGUGAAUGUGUGUUUGUGUGCACACCUGUAAAACUGUAAAAGUGUAAUGACACACAGUGGUGAUGGCUGGCUCUUCUCUAAUACAGACUGAUGAAUUGUAUCAUCAGCAUGUUUUAGUUGCAAUGAAUUUUGCAGCCUGUAGGGGACGCUGGCAGGGCUUUAGAGGGUCUCUUACUUAAGUGUCUGGACUCGUACAAACUUCCUAUGCUUAUGUAUGUGUUUGUGUGUUUGCAUUUACAGGGCGUUGAAUUUUGGUGGGAUCGGGGUGGUGAUGGGUCAUGAGCUCACCCACGCCUUUGAUGAUCAGGGUGAGACAGACUGUCCAUGCUGAGCCUUAGUAAAGCUUCUGACUCCUCCAUGUUGGCAGCAGACAGUGGUGGAUCAAUACUUAGUAACUAAAGGAGAAAUCUUCAAACUCUUCAUUAAGAUGUCCUCCCUCCCACCAUCAGGUCGUGAGUACGAUAAAGAAGGAAACUUGAGGCCGUGGUGGCAGAACUCGUCAGUGGAGGCGUUUCGUCAGAGGACAGAGUGUAUGGUGGAUCAGUACAGCCACUACACUGUCAACGGGGAACAUGUCAAUGGAAAACAGACGCUCGGAGAAAACAUUGCAGACAACGGAGGACUAAAGGCAGCCUACCAUGUGAGUAUAAAUACACCAUCUGUAUAUCAACCACAGGAGACCAGAUGUCAGGUUCAAGUGGACAUAUUUAACAAACUCGGAGGAUUCAGGAACACAGAAGAGACCAAAAGACUUUUUACUUGCAAGGAGAGAACGGCUGAGGAGAACCUCUCGAGUCCUCGAUCAGUCCCUCUCUGCCAGUUCCUCUCCAACAGCACUCUUUUAUUUCGUGAUUAUGCAUAGUCAUCCACAUCUGCAGUGGUCACUUUUGCAAUACUUUCGAUUGACCUUUACAAAAGAGGAACAUGAUUGUUUCGGUAAUUCUUUGCAUAUGUAUGGCAUUAUUUUUAAGGAACAUAGGUGUUUUCACUUCUUUGCACAACACAUGGUACAGAGUUCAACACUUUCAUAUCCCAUUCUGCAGAGCUAAAAGGUUAAGAGUUUAAGAUCAUUCUUCAAUGAUUCAAAUCAUACUGAAAUCCAUCUGAAAGGAUUAAAUCACAUUGUAAUCAUAUAAAAUCAUAUAGAAUCAUCUAAAGCAUGAUAACUUUUUUAUAGGUUUUUCCAUCACCAGACAUCACAUCAUAAUGUUUGAAAAAAUUACUCACCACUUGUGACACAUCUGUUAAAAUCUUUUUUAUAUGUAUAUAAAGGAAGAUCUGCUUCAUGCAGUUAACACUUAAUAAAAACUGAACUCCUGAUUUUAUCUAAUUUUUUGGAAAUUUGUGUUUUGAAGUAACGUAACUAAAGGUUCUCUGGUUGGAGUCUGUGGUGUGAGAAGUACUUCUACAUUAAACUUUUAGGAACGGAAGGAUCAUUUCCACACAUAGGUGUUGCUAAUGGUUGGCAACAUCACACAAUAUUUUCAUCCAUAAUUAGGACUGAUAUGUCUCUUUCUCCAGGCCUAUCGCUCUUGGGUCCAAAGGAUUGGAGAGGAGAAGAGGCUUCCUGCCGUCAACCUGACCAAUGAUCAGCUCUUCUUUGUGGGAUUUGCUCAGGUGAGACAUUUGGAACUUGAGUGCCCAUGAUAUCUGUGUCCCACAGGGUUCAAUUCUGGGGUCUCCUAUUCCUUAUUUAACAGGGACCAUGAACAACACAAAUGCUGAGCCGGCGUUAACUAGAAUAGAAAGAAUAGAGUGGAAUGUCUGCUGAACUCCUACUUUGCACGUGAACAUUAGUUUGUUUUCAUGUUAAAGCUUUUAGCAAGCUGAUACAAUAAAACCAUGCAUCUAUCUUAAAGGCUUUAAGAAGUCUAGGAAUCCUGGAGGAGACAGAGCAAAACUUGUGGUGGGGAUUAAAGUCGAGGAUCAGUUUUAGUGUGUGACAGUUUGAGUAAAACGGAAAGAAAUAUUACAAACACUAAUGAUGUAUGAUGACAGGUUAAAUAUUUUAACAUGGCGCUCAAUGGAGACUGACUCACUUUUGAAGCCAGACUCUAGUGGUGGCUCGAGGAACUGAAAAUUUGGUCAAAUUUUGAUUCUUUUUUUUCUGUCAGCACUUACUGUUGCUACUUGAAAAAAAAGUGCCGUCUUCAAUUUUUUUAUGUUUUAUUUUUGACAGGUGUGGUGCUCAGUUCGCACUCCAGAGAGCGCUCAUGAAGGUUUAAUGACUGACCCCCACAGCCCCCCAAGAUACAGAGUCAUCGGCACACUAGCCAACUCCCCGGACUUCAGCCACCACUUCAACUGUCCUACUGGGACACCAAUGAACACUGGGAAUCGCUGCGAGGUCUGGUAGACAGACGGAAGAGAUCAGGAUCAGGGUUAUUGUAGGUCGGUCCGUUACAUUAGUCAGUCCUUUUUUGUUGUUGAGGGAAAAAAAAUUAGUUUAUUAAGUGGUCAGAUUGUUAAUCCACAGGGGAGUGAGUCAGAGGAGCUGAACCGAGAGCUGUCGGAGGUGCAGGCAGGUGUUUUCAGGAGGUCACUGUGAGGUGAUUGAGUGUUUGUUUGAAGGGUUCAGGUAGAUCUUGAGUUUCGGUUAGUUACAGUUAAUACAAAUCUGUUAAUUAGAGACAAAUAGACUGGCUUCCUGGACACUCAAUGUACUCAGUGGACUUCACACAGAGACAAGAAGGACUGAUGAUGAGGAUGAUGAAGAUGAUGAUGAAGCCACAUGGGACCAUGUUGCUGAUUUCUGCUUUAUCACUGUUAUGGAUUAUUAUUAUCAUUAUUAUAAUAAUUAUUAUUAUUAUUAAUUAUGGGCUCUGGUUGAGGGAUGUGUGUGUGUGUAUGUGUGUGUGUGUGUGUGUGUGUGUGUGUGUGUGUGUGUGUGUGUGUGUGUGUGUGUGUGUUGAUUGAAUGUGCUCUCUUUCAUCUCUCUCUCUCUCUCUCUCUCUCUCUGUCCGUCUCUCUUACUCUCUCUGUCUUUUCCCCAAAGACAUCACUGUGACCUCAUACAGAGUUGAACCAUUACACCACCACUCAUGGCCGUUUGCUUAAAGAUCACUGUUAAUUUUUUAGAAUGAACCAUUUUAGUAGGUUCAGUCCGAUCUUGAUUUAUUCAUUCAUUGAUAGAUAUGUGGCAGAGAUUUUUUAGAUUAUUUGAAGGGGAUGUAGUGUGUUUUAAGAUGUAAAAACUUGUAUCUGAUCUAAAAAGAUGAAUUUUUGCCUUUAAAUUUUCAUCCUUUGGUGAAAAAUUAGACACCCCUUUUUUAAGAGACAAGGAAAAAGAAAUGGGGGCAUGGCCUGGUUGGAAAGGGGAGUCUGUACAUAGCCUUGAUUAAAUAAAUCUAAAAUAAAUGAGAAACAAAUGAACAAUAACCUCUAAUACUGAGGAUAAUGCCAGUGCACAAGUGCCAAAAGCUGCAAUUCUUCUAGUGUUUGGCUGUCUCCAAAAUCCCAGUAGAUCCCAUUAACAUUCUUAUUAAAAAUGAUAGCAGAGGUAUACAUGGCCUGGUACAGAGACAGUUUUUGUCUCUAGGGCUCAUUUUUGUUUUUAAAUAGUGAUUUAUGUCUACAUCACAAGCACUAGAUAGAGGGGCGAUGCUGACUUGACUGACAGUUGGGAAUAUUGCAGCUGUAAGAUGGGAGGACAAAAGGCCUGCAGAAUCUUUGCGCCUCUUGCUAAGUAAACCUUUUGUUAGGUUGAAUCAGGAUCUCCAAGAUAUUGUUGUGUUUUGAAUCGCCUAUUUAAGAAACACUGUGGGUGACGUCAUGUAGUCUUUGUCCACCUUUCUUAAGCCUACAGUUAAGCCUACAGCCUACCUUAAAAUCCCUUAUAGUCAAUUACUAAUUCCUUUAUUUCAGUCUGAAAAUACAAAUAACACCAUCAUCAAGACCAAGCUUUGUGUUUGCCAGAUACUGCCACAUCAGAAUUAUUUUAAGGAGACCGAAUUUAUUGGUCAGUUAUAGAAAUUUUGAAGUUGAAGUUCUUAAACUAUUUAUUUUUUACAUUUUUUAUUUAAGGUAGAUUUUUGGAAAGUAGAUUAUAAAUGGUGCUAAAACCAUUUAUUUACUCAUUAGGUAAAUGAUAUGCAUGUUACUAUCAUGUGUCAGAAAACAACCUUUUUAUUUUGGACACCAUUAUCUGUAUCAACAUUUCUCCCCAUAGAAAUACCUUAACUAUACUAACUUAAUCAGAACUUAUCAAGGAUUUAGCCUGAAGGAGCAAACAAUGUUCAGUCUUUUUUUAACUCUUAACCAUUCAGCAUGCCAACGCUCUGUAACCACCAACCGCCAUUCAAAAAGUCUGACAUCUGUUCAAACUGUCAGAGUUCAGUGUGUAAUAUAUGACAUAGACUAUUACAAGUGGCUUUAAGAAAAACAAGCGCCUUAAAAGUAAGAGGGUAUUAUUAAACUGACUUUGGAAUACUGCCUUAAAAUCUAAAAAUGAACGCCUUAAAGAGUGAAACUGUCAGCUGAUUGUUAGAAGUGACAUGGAGAUGGUGAGUGGAUUUCACAGAGAAAGGUCAGAUUACUCUCACUUUAAGGUUUUGCAGGAAACUAAUGAAUGUGGGCUGUUUAAUAAUAAUAAUAAUACAUUUUAUUUGGAGCACCUUUCAUGUCACUCAAGGACACUUUACAGAACAUAUAAAACAGUGAUAACAAAACACUAUUAACAAUUAAAAUCAUCAAUCAUCAAAACAGUUAAAAUCAACAAAGCAGCAUAAACAACAGCAAAGGAAUAAAUAAAGAAAUAAAUAAUACCAAAUUAAAUUAAAUUAAAAGAAUGAGUUAGGAGUGGUGGGAUGGAUAGGCCAGUUUAAACGGGUGUGUCUUGAGUUUGGAUUUGAAGAGGGGGAGGGAGUCUAUGUUGCGGAUGUGUGAUGGUAAAGAGUUCCAGAGUUGGGGGGCAGAGCGACUGAAAGCUCUGUUUAGGGGUUGAAACUAGCUCGUAGCAUUCUGGGGUCUUGAAUGAAUGAGGGGACUGACACAUCUUGGUUUGGUCUAAGGGAGUGAGUCAGCGAAGGAGGAGUACAAACGCUAUUCUGAAGUAACUUUAUUUUGUUUUAGUCUGCGACUAAUGAAAACAAAUCCAGACAACACUCAAAUAUUUGUUCUAUUAGAGCCUCAAGACAGAAUUAGAAAAAAAAUUAAGUAAAAACAAAAAGAUUUUAUCAGCAAAAUUUAGAUUAAUAGAUGAAUGAGUGUUGACACAGUGUCAAAAAGUAUUUAAUAAAUAAAUCUAGAGUUACAGGUAAAUCACAGAUAAUCUUUCUUUUUUUAAGCAAACAUUGGUUAAAAGACAUAUUACCUCAACUUCUUUGCCCAUAAUCCCUGUGUUGCUGUGUAGUGCAUUGACCUAAAUCUGACAGCAGGUGGAGCUGAUGGCCCACCUGGACUUCAACACAAAGUGAUAUUCACAUCUACAACACUUCACACUGUUUGCUGUCUAUCUCUGUGUGUGUGUGUGUGUGUGUGUGUGUGUGUGUGUGUGUGUGUGUGUGUGUGUGUGUGUGUGUGUGUGUGUGUGUGUGUGUGUGUGUGUGUGGCUGUAUGUGGGCAUGUAUGCGUGCAUGCUUUGCCUCCUGAUGACAUCACGUCCACUUCUGUGCAGCUCCUGUGUCGUGAUUUGUCCAGAAUAAGAAGCUGCUUCCUGCCAAAGACGUUUCUGUUCCUGUGUGUAUGUGUGUGUGUGUUCUGUUCAUCUAUUUUUGUGAGGACUAGCUUCAGUUUUUUAACCAAUGUAGUAAGGAUCUUCACACAGGUCCUGUUUGGUUAGGGCUUCAGGCAGCCAGUCAUUUCUUUAACAGGCAUUCCCAAUAUUAAAGUAAUGCAAGUGUGUGUGUGUGUGUGUGUGUGUGUGUGUGUGUGUGUGUGUGUGUGUGUGUGUGUGUGUGUGUGUGUGUUGUUAAUCCUGUGUCUGUAUUUUUGAGGACCUCUUUUAGUUUUUCAGAAGCAUUGAAUGACAUUUCUGCUUUGCAUGGACCUGAUUGUUUAAAGAUCUGGGUAAACUUUUAUAGUAAUGGUCCCCACAAAAAUAAAAAAACAAGUGUGUGUGUGUGUGUCUGAAAAACUCAAGAUCCAUCCUCAGAAUCAGAAGGGGUUUUAUUGCCAUUGUCGAAGAACAGGAUUCACAGACUAGGAAUUUGUUUUGGCAUGAUGGUGCAACAAUAAACAGAGAGAAAUAUAAAAUACUAGAAUAAAAACUCUGCUUUGGUUUGACUUUCAAGCUUUUUAUCAGUUGUUUGACGGUCCAGGUGACAGCUCAUGUAUAGAGCUGGCCUCCAUAUAGAUACAAAACAAGUGCAUGUGUGAGAAUUGUAAACAUGACUAUUUAGACAAGAUCAACUUUAUUAGUCUGCAUCAUAAUGACCUUCAGGCAGGUUCCCCACAGUGGGGUAAUUUGCAUUAGGACCUCUUGGGUUUAAAGUGGUGUUAUGAGGACAUUUCUACAUUGUGCAGACAGUCAGAUGUCCUAAUUGUCUACAGGUCUAGGUUCUGGUUCAUUUCUAACGUGAUGGUUCCCUUGUGGGUAGAGAUAAAAGCAUAUGUCUUUAAGAAUUGUAGAUCUUAGGUGGCCAAUUUUUGGAUGUUGGUUUAUUAAAUCUGCUAUUUGUGGACAUUCAGACACAACCUUAAUUGUUUUAAGACUAUGGUUGUACUUUUUUUUUUGGCCUUCAUAAGUCCGGUGUGUGUGUGUGUGUGUGUGUGUGUGUGUGUGUGUGUGUGUGUGUGUGUGUGUGUGUGUGUGUGUGCUUUAUACAUAUCAUCACAAGAACCUUGUUCAUUUUUUUAAAUUGCAGUGUUGUGUGGAAAUGUCUGUAAAGACAUUCAGGGACGUCCUCUUGUUUCAGAUUUCAGGUAACAACUUAGUUUUACAUUACAAUGGUCCUCACAAUAAUAGAAGAAUAAGCAUGUGUGUGAGAGGGUUCACAGAUGUUUGUAAUGGUUUGUGUGUGCAGUAGAGGACAGUUGGUCUAAUGAACAAUAAACUCAGUUUGUUGUAAACUGGCUGUGUCCUGAGGGGGGUAUUGCUGCUCUGCUUGUCCAGUCAGAGCGCUGCAUCAUAACCAGCUGCUGUCGAAAUCUGAUAGGGGAUUUACUGGAUUUUAAUUGGCUGUCAGAGAAUACAAAGGAAAAAUAAUAAAAACUGAAAAGAAUUAAACUUGUACUACUGCUGCUCUGAUUAUACUGUAUUCACACUCUAGAUACUUAAAUAUUUAUUUACAUUUAAUACAAAUAAUUAUUCACCUGUGCUAAUUAUUGACUUCAUGAAAAACAUCUGGGCAUUUAAAGAGGACAUGAAACACACCACAUUGGCAUCCUCACGUGGUAAAAAAAAUCAAUUAGGAGAGAGUCUGAAAUAUUUUUUUUGUAAAAAAAAUCUGCUGUUUAAUAGGAAAACCCGAAUUCAAGAGUGUAUUUACGACAAGCACACAGCGCCAUUUUGAGUUUACGACAGUCAUGGGUUGUGCAAGAACAGAGUGGUGAAAUGGUAAUUAGUGUAGGCUACGUGACUCAAUCGCUUAGCGGUAAGAUGUCGGAGGACGAAUUUGAGAUGGGUGUGGAGGAGGUCUAUCCUUAAUAAUAAUAAUAAUGCAUCAGAUUUCAUAUAGCGCUUUAUCAGAGACCC